GUCUAGAGUUUAGCUAGAAGUCUUGGCUACGAUACAAACAGUGAUGGAAAACACAUGAGCAGUAACAAGUUUUAAUCUUGCUCCUCAGUACUAACAUGGACUAAUCUGUGGGAGCAGUUUAUUCCAGUAUCACCCAGGGUGCAGCCACACCAGGACUGUGUUGAAGGGUGUUUUUUUUUCUUUUAAAUGUAAUACCUUCUCAUCUUUUCUUCCUACACAGUGUCUGAGAACAUUUACAUUAUAGAUAAGUAGUACAUGGUGGAUAACUUCUACUUUUAGGAGGACUACUCUCUUCUGACAGUCCUAGACUGGUCUUCUACACUAAGACACCAUGAAGGAGUAUGUGCUCCUAUUAUUCCUGGCUUUGUGCUCUGCCAAACCCUUCUUUAGCCCUUCACACAUCGCAUUGAAGAAUAUGAUGCUGAAGGAUAUGGAAGACACAGAUGAUGACGAUGAUGAUGAUGAUGAUGACGAGGACAACUCUCUUUUUCCAACAAGAGAGCCAAGAAGCUCUUUUUUUCCAUUUGAUCUGUUUCCAAUGUGUCCAUUUGGAUGUCAGUGCUAUUCACGAGUUGUACAUUGCUCAGAUUUAGGUUUGACCUCAGUCCCAACCAACAUUCCAUUUGAUACUCGAAUGCUUGAUCUUCAAAACAAUAAAAUUAAGGAAAUCAAAGAAAAUGAUUUUAAAGGACUCACUUCACUUUAUGGUCUGAUCCUGAACAACAACAAGCUAACAAAGAUUCACCCAAAAGCCUUUCUAACCACAAAGAAGUUGCGAAGGCUGUAUCUGUCCCACAAUCAACUAACUGAAAUACCACUUAAUCUUCCCAAAUCAUUAGCAGAACUCAGAAUUCAUGAAAAUAAAGUUAAGAAAAUACAAAAGGACACAUUCAAAGGAAUGAAUGCUUUACACGUUUUGGAAAUGAGUGCAAACCCUCUUGAUAAUAAUGGGAUAGAGCCAGGGGCAUUUGAAGGGGUGACGGUGUUCCAUAUCAGAAUUGCAGAAGCAAAACUGACCUCAGUUCCUAAAGGCUUACCACCAACUUUAUUGGAGCUUCACUUAGAUUAUAAUAAAAUUUCAACAGUGGAACUUGAGGAUUUUAAACGAUACAAAGAACUACAAAGGCUGGGCCUGGGAAACAACAAAAUCACAGAUAUCGAAAAUGGGAGUCUUGCUAACAUACCACGUGUGAGAGAAAUACAUUUGGAAAACAAUAAACUAAAAAAAAUCCCUUCAGGAUUACCAGAGUUGAAAUACCUCCAGAUAAUCUUCCUUCAUUCUAAUUCAAUUGCAAGAGUGGGAGUAAAUGACUUCUGUCCAACAGUGCCAAAGAUGAAGAAAUCUUUAUACAGUGCAAUAAGUUUAUUCAACAACCCGGUGAAAUACUGGGAAAUGCAACCUGCAACAUUUCGUUGUGUUUUGAGCAGAAUGAGUGUUCAGCUUGGGAACUUUGGAAUGUAAUAAUUAGUAAUUGGUAAUGUCCAUUUAAUAUAAGAUUCAAAAAUCCCUACAUUUGGAAUACUUGAACUCUAUUGAUAAUGGUAGUAUUAUACAUACAAGCAAAUAUCUAUUCUCAAGUGGUAAGUCCACUGACUUAUUUUAUGACAAGAAAUUUCAAAAGAAUUUUGCCAAACUAUUGAUACAUAAGGGUUGAGAGAAACAGGCAUCUAUUGCAGUUUCUUUUUGCGUACAAAUGAUCUUACAUAAAUCUCAUGCUUGACCAUUCCUUUCUUCAUAACAAAAAAGUAAGAUAUUCAGUAUUUAACACUUUGUUAUCAAGCAUAUUUUAAAAAGAACUGUACUGUAAAUGGAAUGCUUGACUUAGCAAAAUUUGUGCUCUUUCAUUUGCUGUUAGAAAAACAGAAUUAACAAAGAUGGUAAUGUGAAGAGUACAUUAUACUAUUCUUAUUCUUUAGUAACUUGGGCAGUACUGUAAUAUUUUUAAUCAUCUUGAAGUAUGAUUUGAUAUAAUCUUAUUGAAAUUACCUUAUCAUGUCUUAGAGCCCGUCUUUAUGUUUAAAACUAAUUUCUUAAAAUAAAGCCUUCAGUAAAUGUUCAUUACCCACUUGAUAGAUGCUACGCAUAAGAGCUGGUUUGGGGCUAUAGCAUAUGCUUUUUUUUUUUUUUAAUUAUUACCUGAUUUAAAAAUCUCUGUAAAAAUGUGUAGUGUUUACAUAAAAUCUGUAACUUGCAUUUUAAUGAUCAGAUAUUAUAAGCUUUUAAUGGCAUGAAAAUAGUUAGGCUACGUAACAUUGCCACUUCAACUCUAAGGAAUAAUUUUGAGAUAUCCCUUUGGAAGACCUUGCUUGGAAGAGCCUGGACACUAACAAUUCUACACCAAAUUGUCUCUUCAAAUACGUAUGGACUGGAUAACUCUGAGAAACACAUCUAGUAUGAUUGAAUAAGCAGAGCAUCAAAUUAGACAGACAGAAACUGAAAGUUCUAUAUAAAUGCUCAGAGUUCUUUAUGUAUUUCUUAUUGGCAUUCAACAUAAGUAAAAUCAGAAAACAGGGAAAUUUUCAUUAAAAAUAUUGGUUUGAAAUAAAAUAUUUGUGCUUUGAUCUUAUUUUUCUUCGCCCACCCAGCAACAUAAACUAUUCUUCAGAAAACUCUAAUCUAUAUAUAACAUGUUUAGAGCAAUAUUAAUGUCAAUUAUUAUUACUUUUUGUUUUGUUUUGAGAUGGAAUCUCGCCCUGUAGCCCAGGCUGGAUGGAGUGCAGUGGCCUGAUCUCGGCUCACUGCAACCUCCGCCUCCCGGGUUCAAGCGAUUCUCCUGCUCCAGCCUCCCAAGUAGCUGGGAUUACAGGCACAUGCCACCAUGCCCAGCUAAUUUUUUGUAUCUUUAGUAGAGACGGGGUUUCACCAUGUUGGCCAGGCUAGUCUCGAACUCCUGACCUCGUGAUCCGCCUGCCUCUGCCUCCCAAAGUGCUGGGAUUACAGGCGUGAGCCACUGAACCUGGCCUGAUGUAAAUUCUUAAUAACAAUAAUACAUGUUAUUAAUACAUAUAAUAAUAACAAUACACCAUGUAAUUCCUAUGCUAUGAAAGAUAAUCACCUUUAUAUUAAACUACCUCAAAAACAAGAUUUUAAAUAACUUGGCGGCGAGGGGGAAAGAACCACAUUACAGAUACACAAGAGAUGGAGGGUUUGGAUUUCGAGGUUAAGAAUGGGUAAAUAAAGUCUUAUUCUUCACAGUGGAGUUACUCAACUUUGGCUCCCUUGACAUUUUGGGCCAGGUCAUUCUUUGUGGCAGGGGCUGCCCUGUACAUCUUUUAGUUGUGCCCUGGUCUCUACACACUAGAUGGCAGUAACACCUGCAUCCCCUGCCCCCCACAGGUUUUUGUUUUUUAUUUUGUUAAGAGACAGAGUCUUGCUCUAUUACCCAGGCUGCAGUGCAGCAGUGUGAUCAUAGCUUACUGUAGCCACAAACUCCUAGGCUCAAGCAAUCCUCCUGCUUCAGGCUUCCAAGUAGCUGGGACUACAGCUGCAUACCACUGUGCUCAGCUAAUUUUUUGUGGAGACAGGGUCUCACUUUGUUGCCCAGGCUGAUAUUGAACUCCUGGCUUCAAGUAAUCCUCCAAGCCUUAGCCUCCUAAAGUGUUAGGAUUACAGGCGUGAGCCACUGCGCCCAGCCUCCCCUCUACCUCUACGGUUUUGACAAUCAACAAUUUCUCCAGAAACUGACAAAUGUCCCUGCGGGGAGUGGUGGAAGGUAGGGCAAAAUCUCAGCAGGUUGCAAACAACGGCUUCACAGGAAAGUUAGUCAAUUUCUAAAAUGACAUAUCUGGAAACCUAGAACAAAACUGCUACUCUUUUGAGCAAAAAAAGAGGGAAGACCAUGGUAUGAGUAGAGGGAGGAUGAUAGUAUGAUUUUAAUAAUAAAGGUUAACCACCAGUAGUGCUAGAACCAAUAGUGCCCAGGGUUGCAGAACUUUGACUUGGAAAUCCAGUUCCAUUUAUAGUCUUGGGUAAGUUACCACCUCUUUGAG